UCUCUCUAACAUGUAAUAAGUAACAUGCAUAUAAAUUAGUGGUGUAUGGUUCUUGUAGUUUUCAUCACUCCAUAUUGGCCAGAACUAGAACUAGAACCAGAACCAAAAAAUGGGUAUUUUCAGAAAUGAAGUCCUAGUUUAUAAACCUCUUAAAGAAGUCGAUCUGACCUCUCAUAGCUCCGAGCCCUAUCUACCAGCGAAUGUCAAAGCACCACGUAUGGCUGGAUUUCUUGUCAAGGUUUUUGUGUGGUUUAUGGAGUCAAGGAUUUUUGGAACUUUGCUACUCUACAUUUUGAAGGCUAAUAAUCUUAUUCAUAAGCUUGUCACAAAUGCAGAGUUAGAAGAGUCUCCUAUUUACUUCCCACUACAUCCUUUUGACGAAGAUGUGAAAGAACAUGAAGUGAAAUGCAUACGCUCUGAGUUAUCUCCGCUAGAAAAAGUUCAAGAAGCAACUGAAUGUAUGCCUCUCACCUCACAAACAACAUCAAACCAAUCAUUUAAACGAUGGACUAUAAUGGAUUAUUCAAAGGCAUAUACCUCUCUACAACUCACUCCUACUGUGGUGGCAGAGAGAUUUAUAGAGGCUGUACAUGAAUCUUCAGAAAUGUCAUUUUUUAUCAGCUACGACACCAAAGAUAUUCGACAACAAGCCCAAGAGUCAACACUUCGAUAUGCAAAAGGAGAGCCUAUUUCAGCUUUAGAUGGUGUGCUAAUAGCUAUCAAGGACGAAAUUGAUUGCACGCCCUAUCCAACAACAGGAGGAACAAAAUGGUUACACGAACAAAGACCUUGUACCAAUGAUGCAUGUUCUGUUAAGCGUCUUCGACUCUGUGGUGCCAUACUUGUUGGAAAAACCAAUAUGCAUGAACUUGGGGCCGGAACAAGUGGGAUAAAUCCACAUUAUGGAGCUACAAGAAAUCCAUAUGAUCCAAACAAGAUUUCUGGAGGCUCUUCUAGUGGAUCUGCAGCAGUGGUGGCUGCUGGAUUAUGUCCUGUCGCCCUAGGUGUUGACGGCGGAGGAUCUGUGCGAAUGCCUGCAGCUCUUUGUGGUAUUUUUGGUUUUAAACCAACCUUUGGGCGUAUACCUCAUUCAGGCGUUCUUCCAUUGAAUUGGACUGUUGGAAUGGUUGGUAUACUAUCAGCCACAAUGGAAGACUCUUUGCUCGUCUAUGCAGCUAUUAGUGGCGAGCUUCCAUCAAAUCGCUCAAAUAAUAUAUCGCCUCGAGUAAAUUUCCCAAUCCUCAACUCAACAUUACCUUUCUCAACGGUGAAGAUAGCAAUGUAUGACAAGUGGUUCAAUGAUUGCAGAGAAGAUAUUAAACAAUGUUGCUCUAAUGCCUUGGAUAAGCUUGUGCAUCACUAUGGUUGGAAGAUUAUAGGGGUGACCAUUCCGGAGAUAGAGAAUAUGCGCCUUGCACACUAUACCACCAUAGGAUCUGAGUGUAGCACCUCUCUUAGUUCCUAUCUUGAAAAGUUGGAUUAUGCAAAAAUAGGAUGGGAUGCAAGAUUUGCACUCGCUAUAUAUGGUUCCUUCAGUAGCAAGGAGUACAUUAAGGCCCAAAAAAUCAGGAACCGUCAGAUCCAAAUUCACGACAACAUAUUUUCCCAGGCAGACGUCAUAGUUACUCCAACUACAGGAGUAACAGCUUAUCCAAUUUUCAAUGAUGCUCUAAAGACUGGUGAACUCGACUAUGUAAAUGGAGCUGCCCUGGUUCGAUAUUCGAUAGCAGGAAACUUUUUGGGGUAUCCGGCAGUCACUAUUCCAGUUGGAUAUGAUGAAUCAGGCAUGCCGAUUGGUCUUCAGUUUAUUGGUAGGCCAUGGUGUGAAGCAACACUAAUUCACAUAGCAUUUGCAAUGCAGGCCCUUUGCAUUCAAAGCUACAGAAAGCCUGAGGUUUUCUAUGAUCUACUCAGCUAAAAUUAAGUACUCAAGAGCACGGCAUGUAACGAAGCGUUCCAAGUUAUUAAUUAAAACCCUAAUUAUACAAGUUUGUUACUCAUGAUAAUUGAAAGAAAAAUUGAUGAAGAAGAAAUAUUGGAAAGGAGGAUGUGGAUGGGGGCAUGGGUAUGAUAAUUAGUUUUAUUUUCUUCAUAAUAAACAAACAAAAGUGUAGCAAUUGUCAUUUGCUAAUACAUUUUCAACACUAGCAUCUUUACAUUUUUCACUAUUUGUGACCAUAGAUUUUCUAAAUGAACUUUUUAUGAUUUCA